UUUACGUUUUUUCAUUUUUUGAAGUUAUCCCUAAACCCUACGCGCUAGACACUUCUGCAAUAAUAUUUACGUUCUUCUUCAUGUGUUAUUUGCAAAGACCGCAAUUGUCUGCAUAAUGCAUUUUUCUGGUAGUCUACGUAAAAUAUAUCUCACGGCAAGCUCGCCAAAGAUCAUUCAUCUUCUCCUGGACGCUGCGCCGAAGUUUACAUUCCCUACAGUUACACCUUGCGGCCCGAAAGUUCUAUCGCUAUCCCACCUGACCGUUAGGUUUCACAGCACCACGGGAUCUGGAAAACACGAUGAAAAACAAUCCGGGACAACAUUCCUGUCUGCACGCGCUAUCGUCGAGAAUUCUCCCAAAGAUCUUCAGCCAUACUUGAGGCUUAUUAGAGCCGACAAACCAGCUGGCACAUGGCUGCUUUAUUGGCCUUGCGCUUGGAGCAUUGCCCUCGCGGCUAAUCCCGGUGGUCUACCGGAUGUGAAAAUGUUGACUUUGUUCGGUCUUGGAGCAUUCUUAAUGCGUGGUGCCGGAUGUAUUAUUAAUGACAUGUGGGACAGGGAUUUCGAUAAAAAGGUGGCCAGGACUCGUGAACGGCCUCUGGCGUCUGGAGAAAUCCAGUUUUUACCGGCAUUAAUAUGGUUAGGAGGUCAACUCGGUCUUUCACUCGCUGUUCUGUCCCAGUUCAACUGGUUUAGUAUUAUACUUGGAGCGUCCUCUUUGGGAAUUGUUGUUACUUAUCCGCUUUUCAAACGGUUCACGUUUUAUCCACAGCUGGCUUUAGGUCUGGCAUUCAACUGGGGAGCAUUAUUAGGAUACGCAGCUGUCCGUGGUUAUAUCGAUCCGUAUUCCGUGGUGCCGUUAUAUCUUGCUGGUGUUUGUUGGACUAUGGUUUACGAUACAAUUUAUGCUCAUCAGGAUAAAGUGGACGACGCUCUGAUAGGCAUCCGAUCAACGGCAUUGAAAUUUGGUGAACGAACACCGCUUAUAUUGUGGGAGUUCAGUGCAGCGAUGCUGUUUUCCCUGGGUGUCAGCGGCUAUAUGGCCGGUCUGGCCUGGCCAUAUUUCAUGGGUUUGGUCGGUGCAGCUGGACAUUUGACAUAUCAGUCAUUUGGUUUGAAAAUGGAUGAUCCCGCUGACUGUUGGGAGAAGUUUAAAUCCAAUCAUUAUUUGGGUGCGCUCAUUUUCUUGAGCAUCGUAGCCGGGAAUCUCUUGCGUUCUCAAGAUAGCGAAAAGGAAAGACAAGAAUGGAGAAAGGCGGUUGCUCGAAAUUUUCCUUGGCGCAACAGUGAAAGCUGAUAUGAAACAUGAUGCACCUAUUCCGUUUAGUUGUGAUAAGCUGUUAACAAUUACAUUCGCCAGCUUGGCGUGUGCCGUGAAAUAUAGGCGCAAGACGAAUUUGCGUAGGAACGAUACGUUACGAUUGAGCAGCACAUGGUGUUACAUGUACUCCGUACUUCAGUAUACAGAAAAGAAUCUAGAGGUCGGUGAUUAUGUAAUUAUUUUGACUGGCCUGUUGCUAUUUUAGGAAGACGCCAUGCUGCAAUGUUUUAUUUCUAAUGGUAAACUAUCGGUGGGUCAUUGUGAUGUACUUAUCGCUUCAAAUAA